GGAUGAAAAAAAAUGCUCCUAUUUCUUCCAUAAAUUCUCUUAUGAGUGGCUUCUCUGUUCAUGACUGAAUUGGGAUCAAGACUAAUGAACAGAACAACACUUCCCUAAGUAUAGAAUCCAUAAAUUGAGUUAGUUAGAAAGAGAUGCAAUCUAGAGUGAGCACAUUAGAGGAAGGCCAAGUUCCUCCAAGGAUUAUUAUACACCAACACAACAAGCAUCUGCCUCUUAGGCUGCUGCUUCUCUUCCUCUUGUUAGGAGUAGGCCUAGUGUUUCUCUAUGUCAGUAUGUAUACCUACGGCUGCAUCCGCAUCCACGACUUUUCCUCCUCCAGGAUCCACACCCACCAGGCCUGCGUUCAACGCUUGGCGAGCUGGACUAGGCCUCCAUUGACCCUCGUGCACGAGAUGAACGACACAGAGCUGUUCUCGUGCGCCUCAUCAUCGCUUAACAAGCUCCCCUCCAACAGGACUCCCAAGAUUGCAUUCAUGUUCUUGACAAGGGGGCCUCUUCCCCUCUCCCCUCUCUGGGACAAGUUUUUCCAAGGCAACGACCGCCUUUACUCAAUCUACAUCCACUCCUCGCCUACCUAUGAUCCCGAUUUUGACCCUUCUUCCCCCUUCUAUGGCAGGCAGAUACCUAGCCAGGUUGCUGAGUGGGGGAGGAUGAGCAUGUGUGACGCGGAGAGGCGCCUCCUUGCCAACGCGCUGCUGGAUGUCUCGAACGAGUGGUUCGUUCUCGUGUCUGAAGCAUGCAUCCCACUCAAAAACUUCAGCACCAUCUACACUCACAUCUCCCAAUCCCACUUGAGCUUCCUUGGGGCCUUUGAUGAGGACAGUCCGAACGCCCGGGGGCGCUACAACUGGGGGAUGGAGCCAGAGGUGAACCUCUUGGACUGGCGAAAGGGGUCCCAGUGGUUCGAGCUCAGCAGGAAGCUGGCAGUGGACGUUGUCCGGGACACCUUCUACUACCCCAAGUUUAAGUACUUCUGCAGGGCGGACAGCUGCUAUAGUGAUGAGCAUUACCUGCCCACAAUGCUGACCCUGCUGUCGCCGCGCCUCCUUGCCAACCGGACCCUCACGUGGGUCGACUGGUCAAGGGGGGGGCCCCACCCGGCCUUGUACGACGUGGGGGAGCUGACCGAGAACUUCUUCAAGGAUGUUGUUGAUGGUGAAUCGUGCAUGUACAAUAAUCACACUACCAAUCUAUGUUUUAUGUUUCUAAGGAAGAUUGCUCCUUCUGCUUUGGAUCAUUUGAUGAGCAAUUCGUUGGAGUUUUUCGGAUAUUGA